AUGAAUAUGCAGAGUCCUAAAUCCAACAAAUUGAACAAUAUUGAAGCUGCCAAUAGACUUAGACAUGGUUCGCCUCAAUUUAAAGCAGUAUUGCGACAGCGAUGCCGAAAACAAAUGCAAGAAAGACGUGACAAAUUAUUUAAUGCGCGAAGAAUCGGCCUUGAUGACAAAGAUGAAUGUGUUGAGAAUACUCUUACCGAAAUAGUCAGGCGGGAGUUUAAAGAGUGGAUCAUUGAAGAAUUUAAUCGUAUGCAUCAAUAUGAGAUGGACAUGAUGGAUAAAUAUCUAGAAGAAAUAAUGAAAAAUGAACUUGUCUGCCCUAUGUGUGAAAAAGGUACUAUCGCUCAACUUAAUGAUUUUUUCGUUUGCCCGAAAUGUCAGCUCUGUUUGCCAGCCAAAGUCACCAUGGAUGAUUUUUAUCAACGCAUCAAAAACCAGUCGGUUAAUCACAGUGAAAAUUGUAAUUUGAAGCCAAGUUUCAUGGUAAUUCCUGAAAACAAUAACUACACUUUGUACAUGACAUGCGAGUCAUGUUCAUACUUUGGUCUAAUUUUAUAA